UCUGAGGACUGAAGUGUGCCUAAUCUUACACAUUUACAAUAAUAAUCUUGCAUAUAAAAUUUUAGCUAGUAGCUAGAAUGGUUUCGGUACUUACUGAGAAGAAACUACUCCUUGCUGUUGUGUUAGUUUUGGGGGUAUGGGUCUCCCAAUCUUGGUCACGCUCACUACAUGAAGCCACCUUGAAUGAAAGACAUGAAAUUUGGAUGGCUCAGUAUGGGCGUGUAUACAAAGACAAUGCAGAGAAGGAAAUGCGUUUUAAGAUAUUCCUGGAUAAUCUGGAAUAUGUUGAAUCUGUAAACAGGGAAGGGCGACCUUACAAGUUAGGCCUCAAUGAAUUUGCAGACCUUACCAAUGAGGAAUUUCGGGCCUCUCGCAAUGGAUACAAAAGAGGCUCUAUCUCUUCUGGGACAAUUUCAUUUAGUUAUGAAAAUGUGAUUGCUGUCCCACCCACCAUGGAUUGGAGAAAGAAAGGAGCUGUUACACCAGUCAAGGACCAAGGCCAAUGUGGAUGCUGCUGGGCGUUUUCCGCAGUGGCAGCUAUGGAAGGAAUUAACCAGCUCACAACAGGAAAGUUGAUCUCUCUAUCAGAGCAAGAAUUGGUUGACUGUGACGUAAAAGGUGAGGAUGCAGGAUGUGAGGGUGGUCUCAUGGAUGAUGCCUUCGAAUUCAUCAUGAAAAACAAAGGUCUCACAACUGAAACUAAGUACCCCUACCAGGGAGUUGAUGGAACUUGCAGCAAAAGCAAAGCAGGUUCUCCUGCAGCAAAGAUCACUGGUUAUGAAGACGUACCUGCCAACAGUGAGGCAUCUCUCCUGAAGGCGGUGGCGAAGCAGCCAGUAUCUGUUGCGAUUGAUGCAGGUGGAUCAGACUUCCAACUCUACUCAAGUGGGGUCUUCACAGGACAGUGCGGAACUGAACUUGACCAUGGUGUUACCGCAGUUGGGUACGGAACAGCUGAUGACGGUACCAAAUAUUGGCUUGUGAAGAAUUCAUGGGGCACCAGCUGGGGAGAGAAUGGAUAUAUAAGGAUGAAAAGAGAUGUGGAUGCUGAGGAAGGUCUAUGCGGCAUUGCCAUGGAAGCAUCUUACCCAACUGCUUAGUUGAAUAAAAGCAUUUGGAGAAAUAUAUAUCAUCCUUAUCCUGGUGUAAUCCUUCACCAUUAUCCAUCCUAAUUAAAUUAUGUGUCGUUUGUACUAUGUAACGUGUGCUUUCUGUGUUCUUGAUUGUGUAAAUGCUUGUAAUGCAGUCUGUAUUGUACAUUAAACCCUGAAAUCAGUAAUUAAACUGCAUUGUAUUCUCUAUAUAUCUUUCUAUUAUAAGUCCUUUUUUUCAUUGCAA